UGUCAAUCAGAGUCGCUCUCGAGGCACCGCCCAAAGCCGUGUGACCCUGCCCCUUUCGUCACUUCCUCUACAGCCCCUGCGCAAUCAAUAAGGAAACCCGGACGCUUCCGUCGCUCUCUUUUUUUUCAGGCAGCCGGGAAGAUGGCGGACAUUCAGACAGAGCGUGCCUACCAAAAGCAGCCGACCAUCUUUCAAAACAAGAAGAGGGUCCUGCUAGGAGAAACUGGGAAGGAGAAACUCCCUCGAUACUACAAAAAUAUUGGUCUGGGCUUCAAGACACCAAAAGAGGCCAUUGAGGGCACCUACAUUGACAAGAAGUGCCCUUUCACUGGUAAUGUUUCCAUCCGAGGGCGGAUCCUGUCUGGUGUGGUGACCAAGAUGAAGAUGCAAAGGACCAUUGUGAUCCGCCGGGACUAUCUCCACUACAUCCGCAAAUACAAUCGCUUUGAGAAGCGCCACAAGAAUAUGUCUGUGCACCUGUCCCCCUGCUUCAGGGACGUCCAGAUUGGUGACAUCGUCACAGUUGGCGAGUGCAGGCCUUUGAGCAAGACGGUGCGCUUCAAUGUACUCAAGGUCACCAAGGCAGCUGGCACCAAGAAGCAGUUCCAGAAGUUCUAAGACUGGAUGCCUGCCCACCCUCCAAAGCAAAAUAAACUUAUUUUGUAAUUCACA